UGGUUGGUUGGCUGGUUGGUUGGUUGGCUGGUUGGUGUGGGAGAAGAAGGACAGCCAAAGUAAAAGACACACUUCACACCGACGUUCACUGUGUUUCACACACUGUGAGGGCGCCCAAUGUCGUCUCGAAAGAGGGCGAAGCAGCUUGGUGUUGGCGCCCGCGUCGUGGCGUCUGCCGUGGCUGCCUUUGGCGUAGCCCGCGCGUGCGAGGCGUUUGGGCCAGGCGCACACACAAGGUUGGUCAAGGGCACCAUCAAGGAGCAGACAGGACGAGGCAGGGGCCGGCGCUGGCGUGUUGUUUGGAGCACGGGCAGCGCAUCCACCGUGCCCACACGGUCACUGGAACUGGACACAGGACAAGCUGCUGCUCAUGGCACGGGCACGCAGCAUGGCACUGGCGCAGGGUUGACACCAGCGCAAGCAGCGAUACAGCCAGCGCAAGCAGACACGCAGGCACUGGAGCCAGCUGAGGCGAUAGAGGUUCCCGAGCCAAGCAACCAACCCGCACAGCAUCCACCACACUCAGGCUCACCGCAGCAGAGCCGCGCGCAUACACACGCUCACGAACCAGAUGAAGCAGAGGAGCCGGCGGCUGUGCUCGUGCAGCACGUGUGGUGGAAGCCCGCUCGCGCUGCGUCUUCGCUGCAACACGUACGUCGACCAACGCCCUCCUUCUCGCCGCCAACGCCCGCCUUGACGCUCCGGCCAGACAACUUGCUUGGCUUCUUCCUCGCUGCGUUUCCCAGCACCUUCCUGGACGCGCUCGUGAGCGCAACAUCAGCCAACCUCGCCGCCAAGGGCCAGCGUGUGACCACCACCGGGGAGAUGCUGCGUGUCUUUGGAGCGUUCGUGGGCGUGGCUCACCUCGGCCUUCCUCUCCACCAGUGCUGGGAUGACAGCUACCGUGAUUCCGACACCUUUGCUUGUCUCAGGUUCGAGCAGACGUUCGGGUUGUCGCGGUCUCGGUUUGAAGCAAUCCUCAGUUGUCUAGCCGUCGUCCCUGACGCUCCUGGUGAUGAUCCUGCACAACACCAACACCAACAUCAGGGGCAGCGGCUUCGCCCAAACCUUGCUGCUGUUGAGCCAGCGAUUGCGAUGUUCAACGCGUCUCGACGUGAGUUCCGAGCGGGCGGCACCCUCGUAUUACACGCGCACACGUCAGACACAUGUGCAUCCAUGGACGGUGUGGCCCAUGGAUGCAGUGCAGAGCGCGGCGCUGAGAUGGAGCUCAGGUCACUCGCGGACGGCGAAUCUGGUGUCGUGUUGUGGUUGGACGUCAGCGACUUUGAGGAUGGUGCUGCUGGUGACGAAGGGGAUGGGAGCAAUCCUGCUGCCAGCAACUGCGCGUGGAUGUUAGAUGCAGCUGAGGCGUACGCUGGUUCCGGUCGCAUGCUCGUUGGCGGGCCCGCCGUCGCAUCCGUCCAAGCCGCAUAUGAGCUGAAGAGGAGGGGCUUGCAGUUCAUUGGCAACGUGGAGACCAUGACACGGCAUUUCCCAAAGGAGUGGCUGGCACAUCACACGCCUGCGCCCAUGGGGAGCACCUUCACGGCAACAGCGGAUGUUGACCUGAGCAGCAUUGUGCACAGUGGUAGUGCUGCUAUAUCCCCCGUUUACAUCAUCGCCCAUGCGUGGCGCGCUGCUCGGGGUGUGAUGACGUUCGUCUCAACACGCAGCCCUGAUGCAACACAGCAUCGUCACGACAACAGCGACGACGCAAUCACACAGUCGCCGAUUGCACAUCUGUACUGCAGCAGCAGGCGCAAGGCUGCAAUGCACGGCGUCCUUUCUCAAGGUGCGCGGUUGCUAGCGGAAGCAUUCACGACCAACGCGCCCGCUCGUCACCUCCUCAUCACGCUCGUUGGCAUCUGCAUCACCGAUGCAUACCUCAUGCUUUGCCAUCGCUGGGGUGAGGAGCACACGCCCUUCUGGCGCUUUCGCCUCCUCCUGGCGAAGGACUUGGCCACCAACACUGCAGAUAAACCGACCAGCGCACCUGCACCCAGCGGCGUCCAGCCACAGCGACGACAACGGCAGCAACAGCAACCACGACGGCAACGGCAGCAACAUCAACAACAACCACACCCACAACCACAACACGAUCGCCAUCAGGCGCCACUGCGCGACCAGGGACAGCAGCAGCAGGCACAAAGCGUCGCCCCAGCAACAGCAGCAAGCAGCAGUCGCAAUGCGCCGCUGUCGGUGCACCUGCCCAUGCUGCUCCGACUGCACCCCUACUAUGCGGACGGGCAUGCGAAGGACACGCGACUGCGCUGCUGCAUCUGCGGCAAGAAGACCGGCUACUGUUGCCGCGAGUGUUCUCAAGGCACAGCCCUGAGCACCAUCGUUCCAGUCUGCCUGCCCACGCUCGCCAGCAGCUGCUUUGACGCCCACCUCCACUCUUCCUUGACGUGAUCUGUGCAACUACGAGUGUGUGUGUGUGUGUGUGUGUGU